AUGGGUAACUACAGGUUUAGGUUAUCAGACAUGAUACCCAAUGUCUGGUUUUACAAGCUGAAAGACAUGGGCAGAACCAGAAGAAACCACAGAAGUAGCGGCGGCGGCGGAGGCGGCUGUAAUGAUAAUACCAGGAAAAAACAAAGCCCUCACCAACCCCACAGUUUUUACCCAAGAAAGUCGUAUCAUUUCACCAGGGAGCAUAUCCCUGCUGGCGGUGGAUUCGAAACCAAAUCCAAAUCUUCGAAACAGCUUUCCGGGAAAAUAAAUCCGAGAAAAUCCACUUCUGGUGAUAGCUCUAAUCUGCAGAAAGAAUUCAGGUCCGACUGCAUUCUCACUACUGAAUUCAGCUGUAAACUCAUGAGCUCCGAAGCUGAUGAGCUUAAAGUUGAACUCCCUCCGAUCAAGUGUCGUCGGAGUUCGGUCUCCGUCAAGGUCGCAAAGGAAGAAACGAUCACGGUAAAAGAAACGACGAAGAAGAACAGUUGUGUAAAGAAAUUCACCGUAAAUUCUCCCGGUGUGAAGCUUAGGGUAAAUUCUCCGAGAAUCGCAAGCAGAAGGAUUCACGGUCGGAGAAGCGCAUCGUCGUCGUCGAGUUCGAGUCUUUCGGGCAGUUUCGCUGUGGUGAAGUUUUCAUCGGAUCCUCAGAGAGACUUCAAGGAGUCAAUGGUGGAGAUGAUCAUGGAGAACAACAUAAGGGCGUCAAAGGACUUGGAGGAUUUGCUUGCCUGUUAUCUUUCCCUCAAUUCUAACGAAUACCAUGAUAUUAUCGUCAAGGUUUUCAAGCAAAUCUGUGUCACCGCAGAUCACCAUGCCGAGGUUGUUUUCACCAUUUCUCCAGCGAAAAAUGUCGAGUCAGUCCAAGAGACCAAGAGUAUGAAGAACAAUAAGAAAAGAACAGAAGAGGUGCAAGUCUCCAUCACCAAGAAGCCCUUCGUCUUCAAUCUGGAUGCCAAGAGAUACAUCAAUGAGUUCAACGAGGUUGAAAUUUGUGGCUUAGAAAUGACUAUUCCUACUAUUGUCACCAUUGCUGAGAUCCUGAAGCGAAAUGGAUUUGCAAACGGUCGACAACAACAAUAA